UCUCCUUUUGUGUGGUUCUCACCAUGUGGGCACCUCUUUGUCUGUCCUCCGCAGGCUGGACUCUGGCUGGGAUCCCAGAGGAUCCUGUCAUUCCUGCUGUCUCUCCCAUGGAGCUGCAGUUCCGUGAACUCGCCCUUCACGACAGGUGCCCCGUCUCUGGCGAGCACAGUCACAUUUCCCAGUGCAGGCUGGGAAAGAUGCUGCCUUUGGAGAAGGCGUUUGCCACCCCCAGGAACUCCCCAGCACUCGCAGAACUGCCCAUGCUGGUGGCAGCUGGGGACCAGCAGGAGGAGACCAUCCCCAGGAGGGCCCCUGCUGACCUCAAGUUGUCCUGCCUGCCCUUCUGGACCUUUGUCUACCAGGAGGCAGCUGGGACCCACUGGGCCCUGGCUCAGCUCUACGAGCUGUGCCACCAGUGGCUGCAGCCCAAGGUAUACUCCCAGGAGCAGAUGCUGGAGCUGCUGGUGCUGGAGCAAUUCCUGAGCAUCCUGCCCUACAAAGUCCCACUCUCGGUGGAGGUGCAGCAUCAUGAGAGUUGCAAGAAGGCGGUAUCCCUGGUGGAGGACCUCACCAAGGCCCUGGAGGAGCCAGGUGAGCCUGUCCCGCUCCAGGAACAGGGCAGCAUAGGGGAGGAGACCAAAGAGGCCAAGCCCACAAGGGCAGAGCCAGAGGGGGACAGGGUCCAGGGAAACCUGGGGUCCCCAUGCAGAACCUGCAAAGUGGUGGGUAGGAGCCCCCAGGACGGUGCUGCCCCCAGUAUUCUUGCUGUUGUUGUGGGACCGAGGGUCCACCCUCUCUCUGGAUGGGAAGCCUCAGCUGGGGCUGUGCUGCUAUUUCAGAAGCUGAAGUUUCCAGAGGUGCCUCUGUACCUGGAGGAGUGGGGGCACCUGGACGCAGCAGAGGAGAACCUGGAGACCUAAAGGAAACUGCUCUUGUGGGGGUAUCAGCUUGCCUAGCCUGAUGCUGCCUGCAAGCUGGAGACAGAGGAACUUCGGUUGGCUGACAGAGAACCACCCGAAGGCAGCUUCCCAGGCAACAGGAGGUGGCAGGAAAACAGAGAGUGUAUGCGAGGAAGGCUCCACGUACAAGAAGCUGAUAGAGAGGCUUGUGAGGAAAGUUUUGUGUGCCCCUUGACGGGCACUGCCCGGGAGGAGGAAGAGCAGCUGCAGAAGGCUCUGGAUCCUCAGGAGGGGGACCCAGGCCCUAUCACCAUGGCCCACAGGCAGUCCGUCAUCCGGGACCCCGCCCAGGACAGGGGCACAGCUGGGGAGAGCCUUACUGUGCCCGUAAUGCCAGCCACCCCACACCAAGGCCAUGGAAGAAAGAGGCCCUACCCGGAGGAUGUGGGUGACCAGGGCCCCAAGUGUGUCUCUAGCACGAGCCACCACCAGCAGUGCAAGGUGAAGAAGGAGCCUGCUGCAGCUGGCUGCAGCACAGGGUCCCUGGCCUGGCAGGCUUGGGGGACCUCUGCUGCGAGCUGCCCUGCAGCCGACGAGCCUGGGGCAUCCCAAGGGAAGCCCUACAUGGGCAGCGAGCGCGGGGAGACCUUUAUGUGGAUCUCACAUUUCAUCGAUCAUCUCAGGAGCCACAGUGGCAGGAAGCUCUACACAUGCCAGGACUGCUGGAAAACCUUCCACUUCAGCCUGGCCCUGGCUCAGCACCAGAAAACCCACGAGAAGGAGAAAAGCUAUGUGUUGGAGAGGGCCCUGGGCACCCACCCUGCCACCCAUGGAUCCUGUGCCGGUGGGAGGAUUGGCGGGCUCCCGGAGUGCACAGAAGGUGAUGUUUUCCCUCUGUAGUCUGAGGCACAGAGAGGAGCCGCUUUGCUCUAAGUGUCCCCAGAGCAGGACAGCUCUGCUUGCCUGGGAGUCCUGAGCAGUGUUUCUGGCUUCUUCAGAACCCAUGCGUGGCUUCCUGCAGUGUCUGUGUGCACACAAGUGUGCUUGUUUUCUAGAUAAGCUCAUGUGGCUAAAGCACUUAGAACCCAGGAAGGGCCCGUGGGAAGCCCUCACCUCCUUGAAAACACACCCGUGCAGAUGCUCACAAGUGAGCACAAGCCAUCAGAUGUGCAAGAAGACUCUUUCUUCUGGAGCCAUUUUAUCACCACCCACACUUUGGAACAUUUGUCAGUGUUCAAAGUGUAGAGUUGCCUUAAGGUGUGUGAUCUGCCAGCUCGUCCUUGAAGUCAGCCUUGUCUCCCUUCCUCCUGUUUGAGCUCCCCAGCGCUGUUGUUCAAGCAGAAAUCUUGCCAGCUGUUUUGGCCUUUUCAUAAAUACGCGAUGUCAAGUUCACUUCUGAAUCCUCGAUAGCAAACUGUGUCCCGGUUGAACUCACAUGUUUUUAUGUGGGUGGCGUGACUUACAAAGAUCAUGGAAAUGCUUGGAGCCUAGUAAUGCAAUGUUUUCACACUGUGCAUCUCAGCCCAUUAGUGAGUUGUGAAAUCAAAUUGGUGGGUGGCUACCGGCAUUACAAAGCAAUAGAGUAGAAUAAAACAGCUCAAAAUUCAUCAUGUAGUAAAGGUAAAUACUGUUUUGCGAAACUUUUCAGCCAUAUAUCUAAAUAUAAAAACUGGUCACAAUGUAAAAUCUAUUUUUACUGAGUAGGGGGAGGUCAUGAUCAAAACAGGUUGAAAACGCUAAUAAAGGUUGAUGAGUUCUGUCUGUCUGAGUAAGGGUAACGUAACUCCUUGGGCUACAUAAGGUGAUCUUUUGAUUUUUGCAUUGAAUUCCGAUUACAGCAUUGUUUCUGUUGCCUGAGCAUAAACUUAACUGCUUCCUAUACAUACAGAAACUGGUGCCUCAUUCUGUCACUGUGUUUGAGCAUGGGGUCUGUUGUAAUGAUUCCCAAAUCACAGGGGCUUAACAAAAGAAGUAUUUCUUCCGUCA